CCACAAUGUCAUCUCCUUGGUUGUCCAUUCUCCAGCCCAUCGCGUUCAUCUUAAUCUGGACGUCGUUUGCGCAUGCGGAUAUUGAUGCCCAAAGUAGAACUGGACAGCCACACGCGACACCGACCGCAACCACAUGUGACGCCAUCACGAUCAACUACAUUACCCAUUCCCUUCCACAAUCUUGCCUCACGAGCACUUGGUCGAGUCCAGUGCCCUCCGUCGAUGCCAAUACCGAAAGACCUUUAAAUGCAACCGAAUUCAAUACCGUACCUUCCGGGUCCUCAGACGAGCGGGCCCCUCAGACGACUGUCGCCGAACCCAACGAUGAGUCGCAAGACCCAACUGGUGAUGGCGCGAAUAAGCCGUUUAUGUCCUUCGAGGACUGGAAGGAGAUGAUGCUUCGAGAGACCGGUCAAAAUCCACAAGAUUUAGGAUCUCGACACGCCAACCACCGUGGAGCGGACGACAGAACACCACCCGACAUGGGACACGCAGGAUUGGGCGAAGAAGAUGAGAUCUCCCUGAACUUUGAUAGCUACCUCGACAACAACAACAACAACAACAACAACAACCAUUACAAGGCUGGUGAUCAAAGAGAUUAUGGUACUGGAUCGCACCCCGACAGCGUUGGUGAAAACGGGGUACGGGACCUUGUGACCUCAGAUGAUGGGCGGCCGUCCAUUCAUCCAAGUAAGGACGCCGGCAAAACCUGCAAAGAACGGUUCUCUUACUCCUCAUUUGACGCUGGAGCUACAGUUUUGAAGUCAGGUCCUGGUGCAAAGAACACCAAGGCGAUCCUGGUGGAGAACAAAGACUCGUACAUGUUACUGGAAUGCUCUGCCCGCCAGAAGUUCGUGAUUGUAGAGCUUAGCGACGACAUUCUGAUUGACACAAUCGUCUUGGCAAACUUCGAAUUCUUUUCGAGCAUGAUUCGCCAUUUCAGGAUCAGCGUGAGUGACCGCUACCCAGUUAAGACGGAGCGAUGGAGGGAGCUGGGCACUUUUGAGGCGAGAAACUCGCGUGAUAUCCAACCAUUCCUCAUCGAAAACCCGCAGAUUUGGGCCAAGUACGUGCAGAUCGAGUUCCUUACACAUUACGGGAAUGAAUACUACUGCCCCUUGUCGUUACUUCGUGUUCAUGGCUCGGCACUGUUGGACUCGUGGAAAGACAGCGAUCCUGGCCGCGAUGACGAACCGCACACUGAAGCCCAAACUCAGGCUCUGUUGGACUCGUGGAGACACAGCGAUCCUCGCCCAGAUGACGAACCGCACACUGAAGACGAGCCUGAGGUGCCACAGACCGUCGCUACUUGCGAGGCAUCCCCAAACUUGCCGGAGGGAGAUAAGUCUCGUCGCCGGAAUGCUAACGUUGGCGACUCGGGAAGUUCGCGUGGGCGCGACGCCCCCCCAGAUCCAAUGGAGGGUAGAGGAACAGCCAAGAUGACUGUUUCCAGGACAGAGUCCUCUGUUGUCGACGAUAUCCCGACAGCCCCGCCGACGACAGCUUCGCCGACAGCCCCGCGAUCUAUGGCAUCAUCUACUCCGUCUCUUGACUCACCAUCUGCGAGAGGUGACGUUCCGGUGAACUCCACCGUGCUGGUGACCGGCACCAAGACAGCCUCAAGCUCAGAACCGGGCACAACCGUAGUCUCCGGUAGCAAGCCCUCGGCCCCAAGCCCGCCUAGCGCAAAGAACCGCACCAGUGGAACUGCUAGUUCGUCAACGUCGUCUCCCCCGGUUCAAGAAGGCUUCUUCAAGGCGAUCACGAAGCGUCUACAUCAAGUAGAAUCCAACUUGACGUUGUCUCUCAAGUACGUUGAGGACCAAGCACGACACUUGCAAGAGUCAUUACAAAGGACCGAACACAAGCAAAUCUCAAAAGCCAACCUCUUCCUCGUGAACCUGAAUCAGACAGUACUGGCUGAGCUACGCACAAUUCGUGAGCAGUACGAUCAGAUAUGGCAAUCCACAGUCAUAGCUUUGGAAAGCCAACGAGAACAAUCGCAACGAGAAAUUGUAGCUUUGAGCACAAGACUCAACCUUCUUGCAGAUGAGGUCGUUUUCCAAAAGAGAAUGGCCAUCGUUCAAGCUGUGCUACUGCUCUCAUGCCUCAUCCUCGUCAUAUUCUCCCGCGGAGUCUCUCUCCCAUAUCUUGCACCCUUUACCGACCAGGGUAAUGGCGCUCCUUUUGGUUCAGCGGUAUCUCCACGCACUCGCGGACCAUAUGGGUCUGCAUUUGAGACCGCCAGACAUAGUGCCCCCUUGUAUGAUAACCAGCAAGGCGACUACAUUCCUGUCACGUUGGCCUCCCAGGGUGUUCGCUCGAACCCAGCCUCGCGGCAUCAUACCCCACUUUCUGUUGACGAACAAACUGCUCUGCUCCAAUGCGAAAGCCUCUCACCACCACCAACUCCAAGCUUGGUGGAUGAUCUCCCGUUACCAGACAUGGCUCGCCAGCCUCAUGAAACUCAGGCAACCGGUAUCCGCUGCUCUUCGUCUAUGCAGCAGAGCAGCGUGCGUAAACCACUGCCGGCAUUGCCGGAAAAUCCCUCGUCCCCAUAA